UCUUCAGAUAUGAAUGAAGUCAAACACAAUGUUUUUGAAAGUCUAUUUACUUACUGAAUGGAUGUUUUAGAUAUUGGAAUAAGUUCAAAAUGUCGUCGAACUUUAAAUACUCGCUAACAAAAGUGUACAAAAACUAUAAUAAGUAUGUGCCAGAACUGAAGUCAACUGCUGUUUUGCGAACCAUUAUUCAAAUUUGCGUGCACUACAUUGAGAGCAAGUCCUGCUCCCGGCAGGUCCUAGACCGGGCCCUCAAAAAGCUGCAAGCCGCCGACCACGAGGUGCCGGAGCAUUUCUGCGAACUUUUCGCCGCCAUUCUGCAGCUGAUUCAGCUGUACCUGCGCUACCCAAAGGGUAUAGUUAAGGACGAUGAGCUGCGCGAAACGUUACGGGAGCUGCGCUUCCAGGAAGAUUGCGUCGAGGACAUCGUCAAGGUUCUGCGGCAUCGCGAUUCGCUGAGUCUGAGCUACCGGGAGAUGCGGAACCUGCGGUCACCCCCGAAGCGACUCAUUUGGCGGCUUAAUGUUUCGUUUUUGAACAAAUCAACUUCGCGUUAUCCUACUAUCAUAUUACACAUUCAAAAGACCGAUGGAGAAUUCCUCAGUUUCGAAAUGAACAUUGCAAUGUUCCAUAGACUGCGUUAUAAUGUGGCCUCCUUACUGCAUGAGCUGCAAAACCUGGAAAGAAGACAAAGUGUAAGAAAAUCCUAAACAUUAUCAUACUCUCAAUAAACACAAACAUGAUCGAUUAUUGCGAUGAAUAAACCCUUUCUUCCACAUGCUGAUAA